AAUUACAGAACCGUCAAUGUCACGUUUGUUGUGUGAAUGUGAGCCUAAGAUCUGACCGCGAGUUUGUGUAUAAAUCUCUUAAAUAUGUAUAAAUUAAAUUGCAUAUUACUUAGUUCUGUGAAUAACGUAUGUCGACAGCUGGCUGCCUCUCUAAAUGCAAAUGGGAGCUCUCUAUGUGGAAGCAGCGGCCUGCAGCGAACAUUAUUUAGCAGUGCUGUCAGACUUGAACAGACCGCAGCAUCCGCCACCGAGUCUGGGAAAACCUCCGACGACUUCAGCCUUUUCCCCCCACUGCCUGGCCAGGAAAGUUCACUGAGAUUUGGUGGAGUGAAGUUUGAGGAGUUACCAAUCCUUCAUAUUAAAGCCACAUACAACAACACACACAUCCAGCUGACAGACAGCGCGGGAAAGUCGAUGGUCAGGACGUCCUGCGGAAUGGAGGGUUUCAAGAACAUCAAGAAGUCGACACCCAUCGCUGCUCAGACUGCAGGCAUCUCUGCUGCUGCGAGAGCCACAACAAAGGGAGUAAGAUUUGUUCGUGUUGUGGUCAAAGGUCUUGGUCCUGGGCGUCUGCCUGCAAUCAAAGGCUUGACGAUGGGAGGCCUGGAGGUGGUAUCGAUCACUGACAACACCCCCGUGCCGCACAAUGGAUGCCGCCCACGCAAAGCCAGGAGGACGUGAUCUCCACGAAGCAGAAUGCACAGCAGCAGGAGGAAGCCUUUGUGUUGUAAUAUGCUAAUAAAAGUGUUUUGUUGUGUAA